AUGGGGCAAGCGUCUUCGAUCGAGGAGGCUGUGGAAGUGAAAGCGCCGUCCAUGGAGGAACGACCUUCUCUAUCAUUGCCUGCAAAAACGCUUAUUGCUGGUGUUGCGUUUGGAGCAUCGCUGCCGAUUGCGCAGCGUGUAGGAAAGCUUUGCAGGAUUUCCUGUGCCACUCCACUUGCGAGCUCGGCUUUUGGUGCGGCGUUUGUGGCUUUAUGCUCGACAUCUUCAAUGCAGAUUGUGAAUCAAAUCGAAAGGAUUGCUGCUGCCGAGUUUCCAGAUGUUGAUGCUGGUUUCUCGUCGUCGUCUCAAAUUCUUCCUGUGCUCUUACCAGCGUUGAUAGGCCUCGUAUCCUUCAAGGCUUUAGGUGGCAAGUAUCGGAAUCUAUUGCCAAGUGAUGUGCGAUUUCCUGGAGUUUAUGCACUGGCUUAUCUUCCUUCAGGAAUGCGCUAUGCCUCCAAGCACGAAAAGUUCCUCAUCAGGCUUUUGUACAGAGAGUUUGGUUGCCACCACUGCGGCAAGACAAUCGGAGAAAGCAUUGCAGAUCACAUACCGCCUAAUGCUCUUCACUGGAAGCCUCGGCGCCGGCUCAAACUGACCCAAAAGUUCUAUCCUCAGUGCAUUCCUUGCAUGAAAGUCCAGAGCAGCUCACUCCGGCAUGGAUUGAAUCCACUGGUCUAUCACCACAAAUCCGGCUGGCCACAGCCAUUUGUAUUUUCAGGCUUUUUUCUGCCUGCUCUUGUUCCAGAUGCUGAAGAGCUCAAAGGAGAGCUGCUAACCUACCAUUUUGCAAAGUGGACUUGACAUUCUUUCUGACCGGAAGAACCAUUUUAUUAGUUUUAACAUUUUUAUAUUUUUUCCGGUUGUGGAAAAGAUUUACAAACAUUUUUGUUUCCUUUUUGUACAGUCCAAAACAUGCAAAACCUCUAGAAAACACUCUCUUUGAA